CAGAGAGCGCGCCGCGCGGUUUAAAAGGAGAGACUUACACUUCCUAAUGAAUAUUUAUCCGCCGCUGCUUCUCGCUCCCGGCUUGCCUUACCUUUCUGCAGGUCAGUCCAUGGUAUUCCGCUCCCCCCUAGACCUCUAUUCCUCCCACUUCUUGUUGCCAAACUUCGCCGAUUCUCACCACUGCUCCCUACUUCUGGCGAGCGGCGGCGGUGGGAGCGGCGCGGGAGGCGGCGGCGGCGGGAACCGCGCGGGAGGAGGCGGCGGCGGCGGCGGCGGCUCCAGGGCCCCCCCGGAAGAGUUGUCCAUGUUCCAGCUGCCCACCCUCAACUUCUCGCCGGAGCAGGUGGCCAGCGUCUGUGAGACGCUGGAGGAGACGGGCGACAUCGAGCGGCUGGGCCGCUUCCUCUGGUCGCUGCCCGUGGCCCCCGGGGCGUGCGAGGCCAUCAACAAGCACGAGUCGAUCCUGCGCGCGCGCGCCGUGGUUGCUUUCCACACGGGCAACUUCCGCGACCUGUACCACAUCCUGGAGAACCACAAGUUCACCAAGGAAUCGCACGGCAAACUGCAGGCCAUGUGGCUCGAGGCGCACUACCAGGAGGCCGAGAAGCUGCGCGGCCGCCCCCUCGGCCCGGUGGACAAGUACCGCGUGCGCAAGAAGUUCCCGCUGCCGCGCACCAUCUGGGACGGCGAGCAGAAGACGCAUUGCUUCAAGGAGCGGACUCGGAGCCUGCUGCGGGAGUGGUACCUGCAGGACCCCUACCCCAACCCCAGCAAGAAACGCGAACUGGCGCAGGCCACCGGCCUCACUCCCACACAAGUAGGCAACUGGUUUAAGAACCGGCGGCAACGCGACCGCGCCGCAGCGGCCAAGAACAGGCUCCAGCACCAGGCCAUCGGACCGAGCGGCAUGCGCUCGCUGGCCGAGCCCGGCUGCCCCACGCACGGCUCGGCCGAGUCGCCGUCCACGGCGGCCAGUCCGACCACCAGCGUGUCCAGCCUGACGGAGCGCGCGGACACCGGCACCUCCAUCCUCUCGGUAACCUCCAGCGACUCGGAAUGUGAUGUAUGAUAGCCAAGGCCACCCUCCUUCCGCUCUGUCCUCUCCCCCACCUCUUGCCCUCCUCUU